UAAAUCCUCCGCAGUGUGAAUCGUUUGCUCACCACCAGGAGAAACUGCAGCUGCGUUCAGAAAAUGGCCGACAGAUUUUCUAGGUUCAACGAAGAGCGUGAUUUCCAGGGUGUGAAUCACUUUGACCAGUAUGAAGAAGGCCAGUUGGAGCUGGAGCAGGCGUCCCUGGACAAGCCUAUCGAAUCGGAUAACAUCGGGCACCGGCUGCUUCAGAAGCAUGGAUGGAAGUUGGGGCAAGGACUUGGCAAGGCCAUGCAGGGACGCACCGACCCUGUACCCAUUGUUCUUAAAUAUGAUGUCAUGGGGAUGGGCCGAAUGGAGAUGGAGCUGGACUAUGCAGAGGAUGCCACAGAGAAGCGGAGAGUGCUUGAAGUGGAAAAAGAGGAUACAGAAGAGCUGCGGCAAAAAUACAAGGACCAGGUGGAAAAAGAGAAAGCUAUCGCAAAAGCUCUGGAAGACCUGAGGGCAAAUUUCUACUGCGAGCUUUGUGACAAGCAGUACACUAAACACCAGGAAUUUGACAACCACAUUAACUCGUACGACCAUGCCCACAAACAGAGGUUAAAAGAGCUGAAGCAGAGAGAGUUCGCUCGCAACGUGUCCUCCCGUUCUCGGAAAGACGGAAAGAAGCAAGAGAAGAUGCUGCGUCGGCUGCAUGAGUUGGCUGAGCAGAGGAAACAGGACAAACAGGACCGUACUCCUGGAAGUGGCCCCAUGUUCAAAACAACCACAGUCGCUGUUGACGGGGAGAAAGAAGGAGAUGGGGACGGCGUGCCAUUUGAGAACCCCAUUUUUACAGAUUCCAUCCUUGAGGGUUCACCAUCAGAGAAAACUGGCCAAUCUUCCCCGAAGCCCAGCCCAACUUUUAAUUUUUCUCUGGGGAAGAACACAUCCUCAUCCUCAUCCCCAACUCCUACCGGCUCAUCUAAAGUCAGCGUAUCAUUCUCUUUUGCAAAGAAAGCCCCAGUCAAGCUGGAGACGGCAGCGGCUGUGUUUGCUGAUCCUGGUGAGGAGGCUGUGGAGGAAGAGGAGAAUCAGGAAGGGGAAAAGGCUGGAGGACAAGAGGAGACAUCUGGGUGCAGCACAGAGAGUCCCAGAAGAGCACCUGAAGGAGAUGAAGGAGGGGAGAAAGGUGGUGCAGCUGGGGCAGAAGAUAUCCAGCAGCCUGACGAUGGUGGCUCCUUGGCCUCGACUUUAAACAAACUUAAGAUGAUGAUGAAAAAGGAUGAAGGAUUUUCUGGACAAGAACCACAGUACUACCAUUACGUCCCGCCAGCUCAUUGUCGUGUAAAGCCCAACUUCCAGUUUUUGUUGUUCAUGAAGGCUUCUGAGCAGUGCCAGAGCAAAGAUGAUGAGGAUGAAGAGGAAGUGGAGGAAGUUCAAAAGGCUGAAGAAAGCUCUGAUCACACAGAGUCCAAAGAAACUGAGUGUAAAACUGGACAAGAACAAGGUGAGGCUGUAUCAGCAACUGAACCAGAACCACCUCCUUUAUCGCCUAAAGUGAAGACGGAGGUCAAUAUCUCGUCUUGUGAGCAAGAGACAGUUUCAACUGCUCCCACUUCUCCUACUCAGAAAGCAGAGAACACACAGAGCACACUCGAUACAAACACUGGUCCAAAAGUCCCAACCGGUCCCUUCUUCCCUGUCCUGAGCAAAGAUGAAAGUACCACUUUGCAGUGGCCUACGGAGCUUCUUGAAUUUACAAAAGCUCAACCUUCACUAUCCUACAGCUGUAAUCCUCUCUACUUUGACUUUAAGCUUUCAAGAAAUAAAGGACUACGCGGUGGGAAAUCAGCAAAGUCCCUCAAGCCUGGUGAAGAGGCUGAUGACAAAGGACAAGUUGUAGCUGCUUCAACAGCUGAAGCCGCUGAAGCUGAACCUGACGCAUGCACUGAUAAAGAAACACCUGAGAUGAAGGAAGAUCCCAGCCAGCCAGGACCUGAUGAGCAAAAACCCACGACUGCCAGUAGUGGCACGAAAAAGAAAAAGAAGAAAAAGAAGCAUAAGAAAUCGGGAAAACAUUCAAAACGCAAAGGAAAAGAAAAAGAUGCAGCUGGGGAUGCUGAAGAGAAUACGGAGGCAACGCAAGAAAAGCCUAAAAAGAAGAAGAAACACAAACGGAAAAAGAGCAAAAACAAAGCUCAAGAUCAAGAAGAGGUGGCAGGUGAUGACAAAGAAAAAGUUAAGCCAAAGUCAGAAGAUAAAGCUGCUGGUUCCUCUGUUCAGUCCACAGCUGGAGGAACAACAGGAGCGGAGCCGGGUAAAAGGAAACGCGCUGCAAAGGAAGUGCCUUCUAAAUCUGGGGCAGAACACGGAGGAAGUGGAAAAAAUAACGACAAGAGCAACUCCUCAGAAGACCACGGUAACUCUAAAAGACAAAAAACGGACUCGAGCGGCUCGCAAAACGCGUCGUGUUCUACCUCUGCUCAGAAAAGUCCAGCUCACGGUAGGCCACCCAGCAGUGAGAGCGAGGAGGAAGGCGGCGCCAACACCCAGCAUUCACGUCAUCACAGGUCCAGCCCACGAGAGCAGCGGCGCCACCACAGCGAAGAGUCCAGACGGUCCCACAGCCGCUCAUCAAGGCGGGGAGAACGACGCGGCAGCAGUCGGCGGCGCCAUCGUGGCCAAGCCUCCCGCAGUCGCUCCUACUCCAGCAGUUCUGGGCGCUCCUCAGCGAGAAGUAGCGCCUACAGUCAUCGCAGCCGCAGUUACUCCGACAGCUACAGCGACUACAGCACGGAAGGCCGCCGGCGGAGGCGCUCUAAACGUUCAUCUGACUCCGAGUAUGAGCGGCGGGGCAGUCGAGGUCGCAGGCGAUCCAGAAGGCAUCAGUACUCCUCUUCAUCCUCGGACGAUUCCCGCUCUCGUUCUCGCAGCUACAGCAGGAGGAAGCGGCACCGGCGGCACCACCACAGCAGCUCCAGAAGCUCCAGCAGCUGGAGCCGCAGCACCAGCACAAGAUCCUGGAGACGCAGUUAUAGCCGGAGCCGAAGCUCAGCGAGUCGCUCCUCCAGUUCCAACAAAGCCUCGCCUCACCGACGGAGCGCCAGGGGACGGGCGGACAGCGACACACAUCGCAGAGACUUCAACCGCUCUCGGAUCUAUCGCUCGCAGUCUCCCCGCACGUCAUCGCGAAGCCUCAACCGGAGCACCCACACAUCCACUUCCCAGACUUUGAGGCCGGUCGGGUCUCGUGAUGCAGGGGAACACAAGAACAUGCUCACAGCGCGUCAACUGCUUGAGAGGGUUCAGUCCAAGAAAAGUUCAGAGGAUUCUGCCUCCGGAACGAAAUCUGGGAUUAAGAUUAAGGAUCCACCACAGGGUUACUUUGGUCCUAAAUUACCGCCAGCCCUGGGAAGCAAAGCCAUGUUGCCCCUCUUUGGUAAGCUGCAAGCAGGGAAGAAACCGUUGAUUCCCCUAACGAGACCCGAUGAGGGAGAGAAAUCAGGAACGGGGAAGGGUUCUGAAGCAGAUGGAGAGGUUAUCCUAGUAGAACCUAUAAGGGAGUUCCCCCCUCCACCACCACCUCCAGCGCCACCAGUGCAGAAGGUCGAGGAGGUGCAGCAGAAUACAGCGACACAGGAAGAGACACAGCAGCAGUCAGCUACAGAGGAGCAAGUACACCAAGAACCACAGCCACUGUUUGAACAAGAUCCUUCCAUGAUUAUGCCCCAGUAUCAAGCAGAGCCAGGUCAAGACUCCUCCCAGAACCCCAUGAUGGAGUCCAUCAUGCCUGAAAUGCAGCAACAGCAGCCGGUGCAUGGUUACCCCGCUUACCACCCGUCCAGUCUGGAGGAGGAUGGCAUCGAGGCAGAGGAGGAUGGCCUGGCGCCGUUGGAGAGUCAGCCAAUCACGUUCACGCCAGAGGAGAUGGAGAAGUACAGCAAGCUGCAACAGGCGGCGCAGCAACACAUUCAGCAGCAGCUUCUGGCCAAGCAGGUCAAAGCCUUCCCCUCGGCUGCUGCCGCCGCGGCUGCUGCCGCAGCAGCUGCUAACUUAGCCCCGGCGCCCCCUCCACCAGCCCUGCAGCAGAUCCACAUUCAGCAGCCAACCGUCUCUGUCGCCUCCGGCACAUCCAUCACCACUGUCCAACACGCCAUCCUGCAGCACCACGCAGCCACCGCUGCCGCGAUGGGCAUCCACCCCGCGCAUGCCCACCAUCCUCACCCUGCACAUGCCCAGCUGGCACAGGUGCAUCACAUUCCCCAGCACCACCUUACUCCCAUCUCCCUGUCCCCAUUGGGCCCCUCUCUUGGUCAUUCUUUGGGACACUCUCUGGGACAUGCGGGGCUAAUUCCUGCCCACCCAACAGCCUUCCUCUCUGGUCAGCCUAUUCAUAUUAUCCCUGCUUCUGCACUUCACCACACACCCUUGGCACUCCACCACGUCCCGCACACAGCCCUCUACCCAACACUAUUCGCACAUCGGCCGUCCCAGGCUGCUGCAGCGGCGGCUCUCCAGCUACACCCACUUCUGCACCCAAUAUUCUCAGGACAGGACCUCCAACACCCGCCUAACCACGGCUCUUGAGUGACGAUGGAUACAAAACAGGAUGUAAACACUCGGAACGCUGACAGAGGGCUGUGACGAUCUUGAUUUAGGGAUGGGGAUGAAGUCUUUGCAUCAGUGUAUAGGAAGUCGGACGUUGUAAAACCACAGUUUUACACUCGGACUAAAGGGGUCAUUACAUAUUGCAGCCUGUGUUGGUUAAAAACGGUGACACUAGCGUUUUUUUUUUAUAUUGGUUUGUUUGGAUUUUUUAUUUUCUUUUUCAGUGAUGUGUCCUGUUUUAAAGGCAGGUUCAUAGAUGUAAUGAGACAUUCUGUUGAGAUUGUCUUAUAAACCAAUUGGGUUUGCAUUCCCAACCUCA